AUGGAUCCACUUGCAGUUACAACUUCCGCGGGGCGCAGAGUCUCAAUCUUGUGUGACCAGGCUCGGCCCGCUUAUCAUUCAUCCAGAUCAGAGCCUUACUUCUCCUCUUCGUAUGGCCGUCGGUCCCCUACACCACCACUUUCUCCAGACAUGCGUCGACCAUACCAUUCUGAAAGAUCUGAUUCGUAUAGUUCAACCGGCAGUAUAUACAGCGAUAUUUCAUCCCCACGCACCCCAAUAACACCUGAUAGUAUGAGUCUUCCAUCCCUGGGCAAGUUGCUUAACAAUUGCCCGGAGGGCUACCGUCCCUCAAUGUCUUCUAGAAGUUCAUCAACAUCAUCUUGUGCAUCCUCGGUUUCUUCGGCGUCUCCGGUUCUAUCCACAAAAUGUAUUGAGGAAGAAGAUGACGACGAAGAAAGCAAUCCCGCAAACCCAGCUGUUAAAAAAUCUGUCAGGAAGUACACAUGUCAUUGCGGCAAGUCAUUCACAACAUCUGGACAUCUCGCAAGACAUACGAGGAUACAUACUGGCGAAAAGAACUAUGAAUGCCCACAGCCGGGUUGUGGUGCCCGGUUUAGUCGACAAGAUAACUGUAUGCAACACUUCAGAACUCACCAAGGAGGCGGUGCAAACAAGAGAUCCGCGAGGAAGAAGAAGGUUGAAGCUCCAGUGGUUAUCGCUGAUACCAAUCAAUACCCAUCCCACUCGGUGCACUACCUCCCUGACUCGACAUUCUCACAAGAAAGCGGUCUUGCAGCGUUAGCCAGCAUCGCAAUGGAUCAGUACUAA